AAGGAAGAAUUUUUUUUAACCAAAAGUCCGACCCUCUGAGUGUACCCCCUCGUUCCUGUCCGCCUUCCUCGCUGUACUCUGACCGAACACGGCUGCCAAAACCAGCAAACUGGAUUUCUGAACCGCCUAGGCGGACGCCGAAGAUUCACCGGACCUUCCCUCGGUGUUGCGGAACCACAGCUCCCCAGACUCGGCGCUCCCAUGUUCUGGAAAAGCGAGAGCCUGGUACUUCUGCCAGAGGGGAACAAGGUCCUAGCCGAAGGUUUCCUGGCCGAAAAGGUAAUGUCACAGGACAGAGAACAUCUACAAGCCGCGUCUCGCUGCGUGGAAAGCAGCGUUUCCCGCACCGUGUCUCAUUCGGAUAGCGACACGCUGGGAACGAACAUGGAGAAAGAUGAGAUUCGAUCUUCCCCCAGUCCCCCGUCUACCCCCUCGAUUUCAUCCCCGCCUUCCUCGUCGUACUCCAUCAUCUCCGCCGACAAGAACAUCUGCGCCAGCUGUGGUUUAGAGAUCUUAGAUAAAUAUCUGCUGAAGGUGAAUAAUUUGAUAUGGCAUGUUCGCUGCCUUGCUUGUUCCGUCUGCAGGACUUCCCUGCGCAGGCACGCCAGCUGUUACAUUAAAAACAAAGAAAUCUUUUGCAAAGUGGAUUAUUUCAGCCGGUUCGGGACGACGUGCGCCCGCUGCGGGCGCCAGAUCUACGCCAGCGACUGGGUGCGCCGGGCGCGGGGCAACGCCUACCACCUCGCCUGCUUCGCCUGCUUCUCGUGUAAGAGGCAACUCUCCACCGGCGAGGAGUUCGGCCUGGUCGAGGAGAAGGUUCUCUGCAGGAUCCACUACGACACUAUGCUGGAGAACCUGAAGCAGGCGGCGGAGAACGGGAAUGGGUUGAGUCUGGAGGGAGCUGUGCCCUCGGAUCAGGACACUCAUCCCAAGCCGGCGAAGAGAGCGCGGACGUCCUUCACGGCAGAGCAGUUACAGGUGAUGCAGGCACAAUUUGCACAGGACAACAACCCAGAUGCACAAACGCUUCAGAAGCUCGCGGACAUGACUGGUUUGAGCCGGCGAGUGAUCCAGGUCUGGUUUCAAAACUGCAGAGCGCGACACAAAAAGCACACGCCCCAGCAUGCUGUCGGCCAGCCUGGUCCCCCUCGGUCUCGCCUCCCUCCAUCCCUACCGGAGGACCUUCAUUACCAGGCUUUCGGUCAUCAUGAGCGGACCAGGAUGGUGGCGCUACAUGGAUACGUGGAGAGUCAUCCAUUUUCAGUGUUGACAGCACAGUCAAUUCCACAUCAAGCAUUGGCUCUCCCUCAGCUCCCAAUUAGCCGCUGAUCCCUCGACCAACAGAUCCUGGUUUUUGAAGAACAGAAGGAUUCAUUGAUCACGCGCCAAGCAGAAACUCAGUUUGUAAAUCCUAUUUGUGUACAUUCUUGGUCAUCUGUCAAGAUGCUCAGACCUGUCGUUACACAGUUUCCAUGGCUUGGUUUUCACGUUGUGUUGAAUUCAAUUCGCUAUCCAAGGAGUCACUGGGAGGACUCAGGGCAGGCAGCGUCUCUGGAGAGUGCAGACAAGUUCGAGCUGCAAGUGUGUCUGUCAUGUGUACAUCAAAGUUUACAAUGAAAUUCACCAUUUGUGUCAACAACCAUCGCAGUCCGAGGAUGUGCUGGAGGCAGCCCGCAAGUGUCAGCGUGUACGGCACCACAUAGCAUGCCCACAACUCACUAACCCAAACCCAUAUGUCUUUGGAAGGAAACCGGAGCACCCUGUUCUCCAAGGAAAAUAAUCUCUCUCUGCAACUCAAGUCUUCCAGUCUCGGUAACAUCCUUGUGAAUAUUUCCAAUCAGAUUCAGUUAUCACAGGUACAUUGAAACAUAUAGUGAAAUGUGUCAUUCACAUCAAAAACCAACAUCCCCCGGGGAUGUGCUGGGUGCAGCCACAAGUGUCACGGCGCAUUCGGAGUUAACAUAGCGUACCCACAGUACUCAGUGGGACAACACAGAACACAAGAAGCAACAAAACAUAAAGCCCCCGUUCCUCCCACCCACACACACAGUCCUUUAUCCCAGCACAGACCUCUAACCUCCAGUGGACACGGACUCACACCUACAAAUAUUGGACUUCAAUCUAUCCAGCGGACAGGACUCAGUUGACGUCUCAGGUGUGGGACCCCUGUCUGCAGCUCUAUUGCAGUGUUUCUCACAAAGAAGCAGGUGUGGGACCCUGUCUGCAAUCCACCACAGUGUUUCUCACAAAGAAACAGACUCCCCAGUGUGGAGAUGGAUCCACUUGCUGCCCAUCAAGAGACUGUUGACAAGAAAGUGUAGACCAUAGGUGCAGAAAUAAGCCAUUCAGCCCAUCGAGUCUAUUCCACCAUUCCAUCAUGUCUGAUUUAUUAUCCCUCUUAAACCCAACCCCAAUGCUCUGACUAAUCAAGACCCUAUCAAUCUCCACUUUAAAUAUACCCAAUAACUUGGCCUCCACAGUCGUCUGUGGCAAUGAGUUCCACACAUUCACCACCAUCCACAAUCUCUUCAGUUACCUCUUUCAGAACCCUGAGAUGUAGUCCAUCUGGUCCAUGUGACUUGUCUUCCUUCAGACCUUUCAGCGGGAGUUGAACCCAGAUCGCUGAUUGCAGGUGCUACACUCACUUCACUGUCCUUAGUGUCUAAUUAUCAGAACUGAGUGUUGGCCAGAGGUGGUUCAUCACAUCAUGUUUAGUAUUGCAUUAGCAAUACUUUAUCGUAGGAGCUGAGAGGAGUUUGAACUUGUUUUCACUUCUGUCAUUUAUAUCAUUUCCCCUUUAGAGAACUAAAGCCCGGAGGGAAGAAAAAGCAUUUCAGGAUGUAUAUUAUAUACAUUUCUCUGACAUUAAAUUGGGCCUUUGAAGUUCAGCUUGGUGACUCUUCUUAAGCCCCAUUAAUCCGACUGGGGCCUAGGCUGCUGGCAGCCACUCUCCAGAGUCCUCUGUCCUGGGCCAGUCUUUCAUACUGUCCCCAGGUGUAGCCCGUCUUCCUGGUGUAUCCUUCCUCUCCCGGGGAUGAGGUCGCUGGACACAUGUUGAACCCUCCUCCUUUCUCAGCCAGAUUCAUGUCUAUCCAUGUUAUAGGGGCUCUCUCUAUCUCAAAGAUGUUUAUAACCUGUCACCUGUGUCCCAUCCCAUCUCACAAAUGGACCGUUAUUCUCGUGCUUUGACUUUCCAGCCUCCCCUAGUCUUCCUUCAAUGCCCAGUUCCACAUUAAAGAUUAAAGAUUCACUUUAUUUGUCACAGGUACAUCGAAACAUACAGUGAAAUGUGUCAUUUGCGUCACCGACCAACGCGGUUCGGUAGCAUAGCAGUUAGUGUAAGACUGUUCCAGCUCAGGGCAUCAGAGUUCAGCGUCCUCUGUAAGGAUUUUGUACAUUCUCCGCGUGAAUGCAUGGGUUUCCUCCAUGUGCUCUGGUUUCCUCCCACAGUCCAAAGUUGGCCGUUGUAAAUUGUCCGUGAUGAGCCCAGUGUUAAAUAGUUGUGUUGCUGAGCCGUGCGGCUGGCUGGGCCCAGAACAGCCUGCUCUGCUCUGCAUUGUAGCUCUAAAUAAAGUAAAAUGUGUCGCCACGCUUCUGGCGCCAACAUGGCAUGCGCACAACUUACUAACUCUACCCUGUACGUCCGUGAAAUGUGGGAGGAAACCAAAGCACCUGGAGGAAAUCCACAGGGUCAUGGGGAGAGUGUACAAACUCCUUACUGGCAGCAGUGGGAAUUGAAGCCAGAUCGCUGUGCCACAUAGAAAAGCAGAAAUAUUCCUUCUCUGUCCUUCUCACCGUCUCAUCCUUUCUGUUCCCAGGGAAAUGUUAAGAAGAACUCCCUCCAUUCUCUUUACCCCCUCACUGACAAGAGUACCACGAUGAGCUUCUCUUUACCAGCAGGCGUGUUGAAAUUGGCAAGACCCAGGGUUAGGAAUACAAAUCCCUUUAAAUCUGUUUUAGAACAUGCACUGUAGAACACCACAGCACAGCACAGGUGCUUUGGCCCAUAAUGUUGUACUAACCUUGUUACCUACUCUGAGAUCAAUCUAACCUCCCCUCCUACAUAAUCCUCCAUUUUUCUAUCAUCCAUGUGCCUAUCAGAGUCUCUCAAAUGUCCUUAAUGUAUCUAUUUAUUUUUUUCAUUUGGAGAUGCAGUGUGGAACAGGCCCCUCUGGCCCAUUGUGCUGUGCUGCCCAGCAAUCCACCUUUUUAACCCUUGCCCCCAUCACAGGACAAUUUACAAUGACCAAUUAACUUACUAACUGGUACAUCUUUGGAGUGUGGGAGGAAACCAGAGCACCCGGAGGAAACCCACAUGGUAAUGGGGAGGAACAUAUCAACUCUUCACAGUGGAUGCUGGAAUUGAACUCCGAACUCCGAUGCCCCAAGCUGUGCUAGCCGUUACACUACUGUGACACCCUCUACUGUAUCUUUUUCUAUCACCGCCCCUGACAGUGCAUUCCACACACCCACCACCCUGUGUACAGAAAAACCCUUACCUCCAACAUCCUCCGCUAUACCUUAAAAUCAUGACCCCCUUUAUUAGCCAUUUCUGCCCCAGGACAAUGCCUCUGGCUGACCACUUCAAUGGAAUAAAUCGUGGGCUUGCUAGUUUAUAAACUCGCGACUGAGCCAAAUCCACACAGUUCCUCCGAGUUCAUGAAUUAUUCAUCACUGGGUAUUUUCAGUGAACCACAAACUUCAAGUCCUGAUGUUUGCUGAGAAUCAGAAUCCUGUUUAAUAUCACUGGCAUUUGUUGUGAAAUUUGUGUUAUGGCAGCAGUACAUUACAAUAAUUAAAACUAUGUAAAUUACGAUAAGAAAUAUAUAUAAAAAAUUAAAUUUAAUAAGUAGUGCAAAAAGAGAUCAAAAACAGUGAGGAAGUGUUCAU